AUGCUGAACCACAAGUCCAAGAACUACGGGCCCCCUUCCUAUGUCAAACCAAAGCCCUACUCCAUCAUGCUUGAGCUCUUGGAGUCGCAGGCUAACAAAAAGUUGACUCUGGAAUACACCCAGGACAUAGUCAAGACAUUGUCCCACUUGGAGGCCCUCUCGUCUGUGAAUCCGUCCAUGAUCGAUCUCCAGCCUGAAAUCCAGUGGUUCAUGAGACCCUUUCUCUUGGAUUUCCUCAUUGAGUUGCACUCGUCAUUCAAGCUCCAGCCACAGACGUUGUUUCUCUGUCUUAACAUCAUCGACAGGUACUGUGCCAAACGUAUCGUGUUCAAACGUCAUUACCAGUUGGUAGGCUGUACUGCUCUUUGGAUUGCUGGCAAAUAUGAAGACAAGAAACUGCGGGUGCCCACUUUGAAGGAACUCACCAUCAUGUGUAGAAACGCAUACGACGAAGAGAUGUUUAUCCAAAUGGAAAUGCACAUUCUCUCCACAUUAGAAUGGUCAUUCUCUCAUCCCACAUUGGAAGACUGCUUGCAAUUAGCUAUCACGCACAGCAAGAUCUCAACCCAUGCCACGCCAUGUAAAUACAAUAAGUUGCAAUCUUCGUCUUCUUCCAACUCUGCUAACACAACUACCUCGGCCGUAACUGCUGUGGCUAGAUUCUUCUGUGAGUUGUCUCUCUACGAUAAGUACUUCUUGUCUGUGCCCACGUCCUUGGUGUCAAUCACAGCCAACUUGUUGGCCUGCUCGAUGCUUCAGAUACCCAAUGCAUCCGACUCCUUGAAGGAGUUAAUGAGAAAGGUGUUGGCCAAGAGAGACGAGUUUGACGAAGAAUCCAAUCAACAUGAGAUUGAGAACAGACAGCCAGAAGUACAUGGUGCUUUCUUGAGUGGAUUGGACGAUAAUGCCAUCGCUGUCAUCAAACGCACAGCUCUCAUGUUCAUUAUUCAGUUAAGCAAAGUCACAGAAGUGUUGUCGAAAAAAUAUGAGAAUCUCGGUGUCAUACAAGUUAUCAACAACUUCCACUCGAGAUUCACCUUCAUCAUUCAGAGCAUCUACGAGAACCAGGAAACCAUCAUCAGCCAGGAGCCCAUUGAUGCUAAGUUGGAACUGUUGGCCGAGGUUUUGUUGCAGUUUCCCAAAAUGGAAGACGAUCUUGAAGAUCUCAAGCCUCCUCAAUCGCCUCAUAUCUUCAACAAUCCUGUGGCUCUUACUCCUGUGACUCCACCUUCUGCAAGCUCUCAGUACUCUGUUUUCUCCAACAGGAGACAUAACAGCAGCUCCACCUGUGUAACACCUAUCCAUGCUAGCAUUUCCGCCAAUAAUAGCAAAACCGAGUUUUCUCCCUUGACAGCCACAGCGUCGAGAGAAAACAACUGGUCGUCGCCUAUCAUGCACGUCUAA